AUGUCCAACUCAGGGUCAACAGGGUCAUAUACCGACUCAACUGGGUUCAGUCUUCUCGGGGAUGCUUUGCAGAUUCCAAACUAUCAUUUCAGAGCAGCUCCAGUACCUAGCCUAGCUCAUGGCGAAAAUGUAGACAUAGUAUUUGGUUACAGAAUCUCCAAUAAGAAACCUGUCGUAGCAAAAGUAUCGCCAAACUCAUUACGAUUAGAAAGAGAAUACUACAUUAUGAAGAGACUAUAUCAAUUGAGUGAUGGAUCAUCUUUUUUAGUUCGACCGUUGGAAUACAUUCAUUUACCAAGCGGACUCACCAUUGUCAUUUACGCAGACGAGGGACAAAACUAUCUUGAAUUCAGUCGACGACAAUCUGACGAAUCCAACUCGAAAUACACAGCCAGUUCUGAAAAGAGCUCCUCAUCCGUCAAUGGCAGCGAUACCACCCUUAAUAAUUAUGACGACAAAAAACGAUAUAGACAAUCACAACUCGAAUCUGUGGACAGUUUCUGCUACCAGCCAUUGCCUUCUGCGGGAUUACCGAGCAACGGACCGACCUAUGAUCUCGGUACAUUCCUUCGAUUUGCCAUCAAAUGCACAGACUGUUUGGAAUUUAUACAUCGCAACAAUGUUGUUCACGGAGAAGUUCGAUUGUCUGCCUUUCAAUGGACUGGAGAAGAUGCGUCUCGAGUGAAAAUGUGGAAUUUUGGCUCUGGUACAAAAUCAUUGGAAACCUACUUGACGAGUGAGGGAUGGAGAAAGACAGCCACCAACAAGGAUUCAAUGGACAUGUUGAAGAAUCUCUUAGUCUACAUGAGUCCAGAACAAACUGGGCGUACAACCUACGUGCCUGAUCACCGAUCUGAUAUUUAUUCAUUGGGUAUCGUAUUCUUUGUGCUGUUGACAGGCAGAAAUCCAUUUGACGGCGGACCAUUGGAGAUCUUGAACGGCAUUUUGAGUCGAAAAGUACCUUUGAUUCAUGAAAUUCAGUUGGAAGUGCCUGAAGUGAUAGCACGCAUUGUUGAGAAGAUGACAAACAAGUCUCCUGACGAUAGAUAUAGUAGUGCAUAUGGUAUUCGCGCUGAUCUGAAAGAAUGCUUAAAACGCUUAAAGUACGCCUCUGAAUCCUGUGUUGAAGUGGUCGAAUCUUUUCCACUUGCAGAAAGAGAUGUUGCCUCUGUCUUCACCUUACCUAAAACUAUCUAUGGCCGUCAAGGGAUCAUUAGUGAAAUGACCUAUAUCAUACAACGUGUUGCUGGUGUAUAUAAAUCAAUUAGAAAUCGUCGUGACAAGUCCUAUUCCACAGGUUCUACUAUGCCCACGAUUACCAGUGGAGGUGAUUUUCAUGCAAGCAACGCAAGUGUGAGUGAUGGCUUGAGCGACAGGCUCUCAACCAAUGAAGGCAGUGCCUUGGGUGGCACAGUGGGUGCUGGUCCAAAGUCAAACGCUUCGCCAAGCUAUUGCAGUGGAUUUGAUGGAAGCGAUAUGUCUAGUAAUAAUGGAAGACCCCAUUCCAGCAAACAAGGUGUUGAAAUUGUGUCCAUUGCUGGUCCUGGCGGUGUUGGUAAAUCCACUGUAUUCAAUGCUGUACAAAACGUAGCAAGACAACAUGGCUAUGUAGCCACCUCUAAAUUCGACUCAAGACACAAGGUUCCUUACAGCUGUAUUCUGAAAUCAUUAUCCCAAAUCUUGCAACAAAUCCUGUCUGAAUCAGAAGACGAUAUCCAUGUGUUCUACAACCAUCUCAAAUCACAUUUAGGCUCGCAAUUUUGCAAAAUCGAAUUAUUGGCUGAUUUGGUGCCUGAAUUGAAGCCAUUAUUGGAUCCCGUUGAUAGCGAAGACUCGGAAGAACCUAUAGAUCAAAUUCACUUGGAUAAUGUCGAGACUCGCAUCCGAUUCCACAAUCUGUUUGUUGAAGUGUUUCGUGCGCUAGCUCAAUGGCGUAUGGUGACCUUGUUUUUGGAUGAUUUACACCUGGCAGAUGAACCUUCAUUAGAGUUGAUUGAAAGCAUGAUUGGAUCUCGUCUUAAGAUUUUGAUUUUCAUGGCUUAUCGAGAUCAAGAAGCCACCGAUAUAUUGGACAAACUACUGAUCAACGACUACGCCACCGUUCAUCAUCUUCGCAUUGACGCCCUCGAUUUUGAUUCUGUGGUAGAUUAUAUCAGCGAUGCACUUCAUCGCCCCUUGGACUUAGACCGAGACUCCAUCCUACCCUUAGCCGAUAUUGUCUACAAAAAGACACGAGGAAACGCUUUUUACACUUCACAGCUGCUGGCCACGCUUGAAAAGAAGAGGCUCAUCUUUUUCAAUUGGGAAGAAAACGAAUGGGACUACAAUCUAGCCGAUAUCCAACAGGCCAUCAUGACACGGGAUGGUGCAGAUCGUGAUGCUGAACUCGACAUUAGCUUCUUGGUGAAUCGACUCAAAGAGCUGCCUUUGGACGGUCAACGUCUCUUGAAAUGGGCCUCUUUUGUAGGUGACACUUUUUCGUGGAAUACUGUGAAAUACUUGAUGCUUCAUUCAGAUCCUGAAUCUGAGUUCUCUGACAAUGAUGCUGCUUCAUCCGAUACAACCUCACAUGCUGGAGACGAUGAUGCUGCCUCUACAAGCUCUUCUGGGCGUCAUCAUAUGAACGGUUCUUUGCACCCGCUCAUCAGGUUUUCUCACAGCACAAGCGGAUCCAGCAGCAGUGUCGCUUCUACGAACGCCAAAGACGUAUCUCGUGCGCUGCGAUCUCACCACAAGCCUAGGGACCCUAUUAAUGGUCUGCAAGCUGCUCUACAAGAAGGCUACAUCAUGCCGUUGGAAAGUGACGAGUUCAAAUGGUCGCAUGAUAGAUACUCUCAAGCUGCCAUGGAACUGGCUAACCCCAAGAGUCGCGAGAAGAUUCACUUUAAAAUUGCUAAAUAUCUGUUGCACGACGAGAGUGCUGAUAGCUUUCUUAUUGCCGACCACUUGCUCAAGUGUCUCAACUUGGUGUGCGAGCUGGAUCACAAGUCUUGCUACAGAGACAUCUUGUAUGAAGCUGGUAACAAGGCACGUGCUUCUGGUGCUCACAAGAUGGCAUUUGGCUAUUACAAGGCUGCCAUUGCAUUGCUAGGCGACCGUGCUUGGGAAGGAGAUGACUAUGCUCGUACGCACUACUUGUAUACCAACGCCGUGUCAUUGAGUUGGAUUGUCGGUGAAUAUGACACGACAGAAGCGUAUUUGGACGCCAUAUUUAGCCAUACGUCUGAUCCGAUGGACCGUGUUACAGCCUACCGCAUUCAACACAAGUACUUCUUUUCGCGUCAAAUGCAUGAAGAGGGUGCUCAAGCUUUGCGCAACUGUCUUGCAGAACUGCAGCUGGACGAUUUCAACUUUUUCAACACGCGUGAGGAGCUCCAUAACGUCUAUACCAAGGUCAUUAGCAUGAUCCGUGAAAUGGGCGUAGAUGAGAUGUGUAAAAUGGGUCCUUGUGAUGAUCCCAAACUCAAGGCAGUUAUGGUGAUUAUCGAGGAAAUGUGCACUGCUGCUUACUGGCUUGGAAACCAAACUGAAAUGUUCUACUUGGCUGCUAAGUUGGUCUACCUUUCUCUGAUAGACGGUAUGACAUCUACCACGGGUAUUGCGCUGACCUUCUUGGGUCUCUGCUGUGUCGAGUACUACCAAGAGUUCUCUUUUGGCGAGGAAAUUGGUGCUGCUGGCUGUGUGUUGGCUGAAAAGUAUGGCAGCAACAAUGAAAAGGGUCGUGCCAUUUGUCUGUACAGCAUCUUUCUCAACAUGUGGAAGCACCAUCAUCGUGAGGCCAUCCCUUGGUUCAAUCAAAGUCUGAGGUACUCCAUGUCGGCUGGUGAUCGCAUCUACGCUUCCUUUUCCCAUUUGCAUAUAGCAGAUACCAUGUUCUACACGGGCUCUUGCUUAUCAAAUACCUUGGCGGAAGCAGAAAGCUGCUACGAUGAUAUCCAUGCCUGGUCCUCUUCUGCUGAUACCAACAUUUUGAUUAUGUCUAUCAUUCGUGUCAUCAAGGCGCUUCAGGGCCACACAUUCAACAGCUCUGCCGAAGAGAUCUUUGACGGCGAUGACGGCUUCAAUGACAGGCACUUUAUUGCUGAAAGUUGCAAGCAGAGUGCCAACAUCAACGUCCCCUUGAAUUGGUAUGACUCCUUCCGUAUGCUCCCUCUGGUGCUGUAUGGCCACUACGAUUAUGCUAUUGCUGUUGGCUACAUGUGUCACCGUGGCGCGCACAAUCAUCCCUGCCAUCGUCAUACCCGCAUGUUUGUCUAUCUGCAAUCGCUUGCCAUCUUGGAGAAGAUCCGCACUGAACGCGACACCAUGACUCAAGAAGAAGUCGACGUGUAUUUCGAGCAAGUCCAGACAAAUCAAGCCAUGCUGAAACCGUGGACCGAGCAUUCUCGCAUCAACUAUCUCAUGUGGUAUACUUUGGUGGAAGCAGAGAUUACUGCUACAAUGACGAGUGACGUUGGUAAGGCUCUCCAGCUCUACGAGAAUGCCAUCGAUCAAAGUCGUGAAGGUGGCUGGUACCUGGAACUCUGUAUCUGUCAUGAAUACGCUGGUGGCUUCUAUUAUCGCACUGGUUUCAAGAAUGCUGCGUAUGGUAUGCUCAAGAAGUCUGUCAAUCUCUAUCUCAACCACGGCUCUUAUGGCAAAGCUCAGCAUUUGAAUUCCAAGUAUAGCAAUCUGUUGGCUGAAUACGAAGACGACCGUGUAGAGUCGCAUGAAGCGGGUGUGCAAACGGAUCCCUUCCCUUUCUUGGGCCCUCAAGGCACUUGGAGCACUUCUUCCGUGGGCCCCAUCAACUCAAUGAACGAGCCCUUCAUUUCAGAGACAAUCCCUCCUGUCACAACUGAACAAACCCUGCUGACACUGGACAUUCUUGACAUGGCCUCCAUUCUCAAGAGUUCGCAAGUCAUCUCGUCUGAAGUCAAGUUUGACAGCCUACUCAAGUCAAUGAUGUCCAUCAUUUUGGAGAAUUCGGGUGCUGAUUGCGGUGCCAUCAUUGUCAAGGAAGAAAAGUAUGGCAUGUGUGCUUAUGGAAGCCAACAGGACGGAUCCAUGACAUUUGACCCUCCUCGACCCUUGGCGGAACACGACGAAUUGGUGUCCAGUCGCAUCAUUCACCACACCAUCAAUACGAGCGAGAGCAUCUUUAUUCACAAUGUAGAGCAAGACUCUCGAUUUGCCGUGGGCCCCUGGUACGAACGUGUUGGCGGGAAAUCAGUUAUUUGUAUGCCCAUCAUCCACAAGACUGCACUGGCUGGAUGUGUGUUCCUGGAAGGCUCCAGUGGCAUCUUUACACAACGCCAUAUUACUGUGCUCAGCUUACUGUGUCAGCAAAUGGGUAUCUCCAUCACCAAUGCAUUCCUGUUCAAGUCAGUACAGCGUGUCACUAUGGCCAACAUGCGCAUGAUUGAGAUGCAAAAGAAGGCGCUGGAAGAUGCACGCAAGAGCAAAGAAGCAGCUGUACGCGCCACUCGUCUCAGAGAGAUCUUUUUGGCCAACAUGAGUCAUGAAAUCCGCACCCCCUUCUCUGGCUUUUACGGUAUGAUCUCCCUGUUGGCAGAAACUGAACUGGAUCCUGAACAGCGUGAUUUGGUCAAGACGGCCAAGGAGUCUUGUGAGAUUCUGCUGCAGAUUAUUGACGACCUGCUAAACUUCUCCAAGCUGCAAGCUGGCAAGGUGACACUGGAUUUAGCGCCCGUUGUAGUGGAGGAUCUGAUUGCUGAUGUGGUGGAAAUGCUGAUUGCUAUGGCCAUUCAAAAGAGCAUCAAUAUCGCUUACAUGGUUGCCGAGAAUGUGCCCCCUGUUGUGAUGGCUGAUGGAAACAGGCUGCGUCAAGUGCUGAUCAAUCUGCUGGGCAAUGCUAUCAAAUUUACACACGAGGGCGAGAUCCGUAUUCAAUGCUCGCUGGAUACCACACAUCAGCCCAACGGCAAAGAAGCAGGUGAUCAAGUGGCGCUCUUGUUUGAAGUCAUUGACACGGGUAUUGGCAUCAGCGACGAGCAGAGAAAGGUGCUGUUUGAACCCUUUUCUCAAGUGGACGGCAGUACGACUCGAAAGUACGGCGGCACAGGUCUCGGUCUCUCUAUUUGUUUGCAGCUGGUUGAACUCAUGUCUGGCUCCAUUAAUGUCUCAAGUGUGCCUGGAAAGGGGUCUGAUUUCUACUUUAGUGUCAGAGUAUCCAAGCUUCGUGCACAGCCCACAAAAAGCAUUCAGCAUGAUGGCUACUACGACGAACGCACGGCGCUUGCACGUUGUCUGUCCUCGCUCAAGGUAUUGGCUAUCUCCAAGUAUGUUGCCACUACAGACAUGAUUCGUUUCCUCUUGCCUGGCAUGCAUGUGGACGGUGUACAGCAGAUUUAUGAGUUCAAGAAACUGCUGGCCAAGACCAAGUACGAUGUGAUUAUCGUAGGCCUGUUCAUGAACCCAGACCAUCACUCAUUCUCCUCAGCCUGGCUGGAAGAGGCUAGCAAGGUCAACAAGGACUGCUUGAUCAUCAUCAUGAACUACCCUGCUGGCGGCAUCGUCAACAAGUCUGGCUCUGGACUGAUUGAGCACAUCUCAAACCAGAAGCUGUCCUGCAAGGCCAUUCGCAUGGCUGUGCCCUUGAGACGUGUCAAACUGCUGCGUACCAUUGGUGAGGUGCUCAACAAGAAGAUGCCCAGUCCAAUGGCCAACAAUGUAAAGUCAAAUAACGUCAAACUGAUCACAGAUGAAGAACGAAGCUUAUUUAGCACAAUGCACAUCUUGAUUGCUGAAGACAAUCCUGUUGCACAGAAAUUGCUGCUCAAACAACUUACCCGACUUGGGUUCCAAGUGGAGUGUGCCAACAACGGUCUGGAAGCAGUGAAUAACUGGAACAAUCAGCCAGACGGAUAUUUUGUCAUGGCAUUCUUUGAUCAUCACAUGCCCAAGUGCGACGGUGUAGCUGCCACCAAGCGCAUCAGAGAAAUUGAAAAGGAAGAAGAGCGAACAAACAAACUUCCAAUUGUUGCUUUAACAGCAGAUGUGCAGGAGAGUGCCAAACAAAUAUGCUUGAAUGCAGGCAUGGAUGGCUACCUUACAAAACCGCUGAAUCAAAAAGUACUGGCAGAAGCAUUGAGAAAGUACUGUCACCCUCAUACAACCACAUCACCAGCAUCAUCAUCAACCUCUUCUUCUUCUUCUUCACCGCAACCAUCUCCACCAGCACCUCCACAGAUUAAUAUUGUCACAGAGGCAUUGGCUAUUACAGAGACCUAA